GACUCAGGAUGGAGAGGGCUUCCAUCCGAAAGCUCAAAGAUAAACUUGAAUCUGGUGACUGGCAAUUGGGAGAUGAGGACGGAUACUCAGAUGAUGGCCACGCUGUCCUCUCGCUCCCCGGUACGUCACCCGUUGAAAGCAUACACUUGGAAGAAGAGCUCCUCCUGGACCAGAUUGAGGACUUCAAGAAUCCAGAUGAGAUUUGGAAAACUGACUGGCACAAGAAUCACAUGGCAGCAAUAAGUAGUGAUAAGUUUGACAGCCUCAUGAAGAUGUGUCCUGAUUUCCAAGGCUGUAAGAGCCACAUGGCAGCAUUUGUCUUGAUAAGAGAAGUGUUAGAUACAUGUGGUCGUCCAUGUGAGCAUUACAAGGUGGUGGCUGUGGGAGCUGGCUGUUCCAGCUGCAAGAAGUGGCUUUGCUUCAAUGGGACGAUGGUCCAUGACUGCCAUGCCGUCAUCAUCGCCAGACGGGCUCUCCUAAGGUUUCUGUACAAACAGCUUUUGCUGUUCUUUGAUGCUGAUCCAAAGGCCAAGGAGAACUGUAUUUUCGAGAGUAGUGCAGACAGCCACCAGCUUCAGCUCAAACCCAGGAUCAGUCUGCAUCUCUACACCAACCAGUGUCCCGAAGGAGUAACUAAGAACUUCUACAUGGAGGGCCCUGCAAACAAGACCUGGGCCACUGUGAAGCUGCUGUAUCAUGCCAACGGCCUGCUGGUCCCUGUGUCCUACCUUCAUCCGAGUGUCUGGGGUGCCAAAGUCUGCUGCAUGUCUGCCAGUGACAAGUUGUGUCGUUGGACUGUCACUGGGGUUCAGGGGGCAUUACUGAGCCACUUCAUCCAGCCACUCUACAUCACCAGCAUUGUGUUAGGGGGCCAGAAACUCUUUAAAGGUGUGUCUGAUAUCAUCAACAUGAGACUGGGUGAUGACCUGGAGGAUUAUCUGCCACCAUCCUACAAAAAACACUGCAUCCUCAUUCUCUGUGGCGACUACGUGGACCCUCUUGUGGCCUCCAAGCUGCACAAUGAUUUCAGCAUCAACUGGUGCCUCGGAGACAAGGAUGUUGAAGUUCUGGACAGUAGCAAUGGCGUCAUCAGUGAUGGCUCUCCAUCUGUGAGUGUGCCUGGCUCCUCCAGCAGACUUUGCAAGAGAGCCCUCUACAGUUAUUUCCUCCGAGUUGCAAAGCUGGGUGGGCAUAGCUAUCUGCUGGAUCUUCCCACCUACCACAGCAUCAAGAUGGAAGCCGACCUCUAUCAGACAGCCAAAGAGGUAGUCAAGCAACAGUUUCUGAACAACGAUGCAGGUCCCUGGAAUUCGAAAAAGCUGGUGGACUGCUUUAGUGCAUGA